CACUAUGACCCCGUCCGCGCUGCUCUCGACAGCUAUCCUCCUCCACCUCCUCCCGUGCCCUCCACCUCGUCUCCCGCCUCCGCUGCAGCCGCUCCAGCGCCCGCCGUGAACGUCACCAUUCCCUCCACCCUCUCUGGCUCCUUCACCUCCCCCCCCAACACUGCUACAUCGCCUCCUCGCACCGUGUUCCGUGCAAGUGCAUCGCCCGCCAUCUCCAGCAUCAUCGACCCUCCAGCACCCACCAUGGCUGCCGUCAGCCUCGCUCCACCGCCUCCCACAGCCCUGUUGCCGCAGAACAUGACCAACCUUCCUAUCCACAACUCACCCGCCAGGCCAGAAGCAAGCAUGGAACCACCCAAGCCAGCUGAAGAGCGUUCGCUGGGCCCUGCCAGGCUGCAGGAACUGGUGCCCAUGGACAUUGACAACAAGCAACAGCCACCUCCCGUUCCCACCACAGCCAUCGCCCAAAAGUCCUCCGCCACCCCCAAGAAGGAUAAAGCCACUGCAAGCCCUAACACCCCAGCCUCCGGGGCGCAGUCGCCCAAGCCUGGCGCGCGCUCAAAAGAAGCUGCUCCUCGCACAACCGGCUCUGGCUUACUAACGAGCGCCGUGUUCGGGCUGGACAUGAACUCUUCUGCGUCCACCGCCAAAACAGUGCCCAAUAUCAUUGUGCACGUCCCACUACAAGGCCAGACCAACGUGAUCUUUAAUUUCGCUCGCUUGGCCGAAGAACAGUACGGCUUCGACGCCCUGCAUCCUCGCAUCGCGGCGCAAAGGGAGCGUCGAGCACGCCUGGCCGCCGCCAGUGCGGCGCUGGCCCGGAACGAGAAAAACCGAGGCGAGAGCGGCGCCGAGGAUGAUCUGAGUCUUGACGUCGACCGCGACAGCGAUGGGGAUGGCGACAUCGCCAUGUCGGGCACGGGUCCCGCCAGCGAGGCUGCCGCCGGCGCGGCAAAGGGCCGCAGAAAGAAGAUGGAGGACUACGAUCGCGACGAUCCCUUUGUGGAUGACAGCGAGUUGGUUUGGGAGGAGCAGGCGGCUGCCAGCAAAGACGGCUUCUUUGUGUACAGCGGGCCUCUGGUUCCGGAGGGCCAGACACCGAGUGUCGAGAGGUCAGUAAACAUCCUAAUUGUUCUGUCUAUUACACUCUUUCUAACACCAGAUAACUACAGAGCCGACGGCACCGUCAAACGCGGUCGUGGCCGCGGUGGCCGCGCCGCCGCCGGUGAAAGCCGAGCCGCUGCUGCCAGCAGAACCGGUCGAAAAGACGGAGCCAAAGACAAAGACUCCAAGGAUGACGGCCCUGCCAAAGAGAAGCCCAGGUCCGGCCGAGGCGGCGCGGGAGCCACGAGAAAACCGCGCAUGACCAAGGCCGACCGCCUGCUCAUGGAGAAGGAGAAGGCCGAGCGGGAGAAGCUGGGUAUGGGCCUGGCGGGUAAGAAUGGCGUCGCGGUGGGCGCGAAGUAA